AUGCCGGCGCAUUCACCUCCCUCUCCGGUCCUCCACCCGACCAAGCGGGCGCGGCAGACAUCCCCCGACAAAGAGUCUCCCCCGUCCCUCGCUUCCGUCGGCGGUGGCCCAUCGCCCCCGAGCGAGGCCACCCACGACACCGCCAGCGCUGCGGGCGGCAAGGUCGGCCAGAGCAGCAACUUCCGGAACGUGAGCGCGUGCAACCGCUGCAGGCUGCGCAAGAACAGGUGUGACCAGAAGCUGCCCAGCUGCGCCAGCUGCGAGAAGGCCAAUGUCGCCUGCGUCGGAUACGAUCCCAUCACCAAGAAGGAGAUACCCCGCAGCUAUGUCUUCUACCUCGAGACUCGCGUCGAGCAACUCGAAGCGCUGCUGCGCUCGAAUAACCUGUCCUUCCCUCCAGCAGAAAACCUGGAGUACUGCUCUCGAGUAGGGGAGACGGGCAUUAUCAAGUCUCCAACCGAAGCUCACAGUGUGCAUUCGGAACACAUAGAUACCGGCGCUGGCAGGCAUCAGAACAAUGGAGACGAAAACAACAGGCUGCAGAAGCUCGUUUCCAAGUCGGGAAUGUCAGGCGUCCCUGGCGCGUCGAAUCCGCGAUAUCUGGGGUCAACAUCUGGGGUCUCCUUUGCUCGUGUCGUCUUUGCUGCCGUCCAGUCAUCGGUCUCUGACCAAAGGUCAACCUCUGACAAGAACGGAGUGCGGCCAUACAAGCCUAUCGCCGGUAACUCUGCCAUGGCUACCGGCACCUCGAUGCGAGAUUCAUUCUUUGGUCUUCACACGAAGCCCACCAUCCACCCUGCGCCUUUCCCGGAUAGAGACCUCGGCCACAGGCUUGUAACAUUAUAUUUCGAGCAUGCGAACCCCCAGAUCCCCGUCCUCCAUAAGGGCCAGUUUAUGCAGAUGUUUGAGCAGGCUUACGCCGACGAGGGCCGCAUCAGGGGGCCCCGCGAGCUGUACAUGUUAAAUAUGGUAUUUGCGAUAGGUGGUGGCAUAAUAAUGGGCGAUAUGGGUAAGACUGAUAGCAACAGCACGAAGCCAGAGGACGGGAAGGGUUCGAAGCAAGCUCAGCCGGAGGAGUAUCACGCGAGCGCCAUCGUUCAUCUCGAGGCUUGUUUGAGCAAUAGCGGCGGUGGUCUCGAAGAGCUCCAAGCUGUUCUCUUACUGGCUAAUUUUGCACUGCUUCGACCGGUGCCACCGGGUUUGUGGUACAUCAUCGGUGUCGCGGUGAGGCUUGCCGUGGACCUGGGUCUUCAUUACGAAGACGGAAAGGACAUCGAGUCGGGCCUAGGCGAGUCAAAUCACCAGGCUAGCGAGAUCUUGAAGCGCGAGAAGGGACGGCGCGAGUUCAUACGAGAUCUCCGCCGUCGCUUAUGGUGGUGCACAUAUUCCUUUGACCGCCUGGUCAGCGUAUGCGUUGGUCGACCAUUUGGCAUUUCCGAUCAGGUUAUCACUACAGAAUUCCCAUCUCUCCUGGAGGACAAGUACAUCACCGUGUCAGGCUUCAUGGAGCCACCUCCGGAUUUAUCAGAGCCCACGUACAAGCUCGUGGCUCACCAUUAUUUCCGCUUGCGGUUACUCCAGUCCGAGAUCCUACAAGUCCUUCAGUUCCAACAAGCACAGAUUGCGCGGACUACUGGCCAAAACGAGACGAAUCCACAUAUGCACACACAUCUACCAUCACCUUUCCUGUCAAAGUUCGACUCGUUCCGGUCCUGGCGGAUAGAUAUUGAUAGGAGGUUAUACGAGUGGAAAACCUCGGCGCCAACUAAGCAGGAGACUGGCGUGGCAUUUUCCACCGAGUUUCUCGAUCUCAACUAUUGGCAGGCAAUCAUCAUGCUCUACCGACAAAGUCUGAGCGUACCGGCCAUGUUUGAAGGCGAAUAUAAUACCUCCACCGAGGUCAACAGCCCGGCCGUUCUCAACGUUGAGCUUCGGGAGGACGAGGACCGUGUAUACCUCAAGGUUGCUGAAGCUGGACAGCGGAUCCUACGGCUAUACAGACAACUUCACCUGGUUGGCCUAGUCAAUUACACAUACUUAGCGACUCAUCACCUAUUCAUGGCUGGCAUUUCCUAUCUUUAUGCCAUCUGGCAUUCUCCCAUUGUGAGGAGCCGCUUGAGUAUGGACGAAGUCGACUUUACUAUACUAGCAGCAACCUCCGUCUUCAGUGACUUGGUUGACAAGUGCCCACCCGCAGAAGCGUGCCGAGAUGCGUUUGACCGAACAGCCAAGGCGACAAUCAAGAUGUCGAACUCCACAGACACUGCCGCAAUCGACCCGUCACUCAUGCCCUCGCCGACUGUCGCCCAGCAUCGGACUCCGCCAGCUGCCGGCUCCCCAGUCUCGAGCAUCACCCCACAGGCAAGCAGCCAGUUGGGGGCAGCCGCGCAAGGUGGCAACAUGGGCAAUUAUUUUUCUCAACAGCAGGUUCUGUCGCCCGGAGGCAUGAACUUUGCCAAUCUGCAGGAGAUGGACUUCCUGCAAGGCCUCGGGAAUACUGGGACCGCGGACGCGAAUGGGGACACGCAGAUGGACCUCAACUUUGGCCUGGGGUGGGAGGGCCUGCAUCACGACUUCAGCGACGGGCAGCAGGUCGACCUCUUUGACGGCUUCUUCUUUGGCGGCCAGCAAGGGGGCUCGGGUGCGAACGGUGUGGGCGGAGGGAUAUGA